AUCACUUGAGAUGUCUAUCGACCAGCGGUUAACUGGUAAAAGGCAAAUUUUCAAACAUGGCGGCCGUGGCAAGGCUGUCGGUGAAUGGUUGUGCUGAAAUAGAAAGUUUGUUAACGUUCUGUAAGAUACCGACGGAAAGAAUAUGCGUAGAAGAAGGUAAAGAAUUCUCGUCAAAUAAGGGGCCAUCAUUGACUCUGAGUUCAGGUCAAACAGUAACUGGAGUGAGGACAAUAGCAGCAUACCUCUCUACCAUAUCACAAUGUAAACUGCUUGGUAGCUCAGCUCUGGAACAGGCUCAAGUUGAUCAGUGGUUGGAGUACUGGCAGACACAACUGGACUCUUAUAUAAAUGAUGGACCACUCUUGAAAGGCGAAUUAAGAGAUUUGAAUAAAUUCAUGUGUGGGACAGUAUAUCUGGUGGGGUGUCAGCUGACACUGGCUGACAUUAUGUUGUACUAUGCUCUCCACCCUGUGAUGAUGGAGCUGAGUGUUCAGGAGAAGGAACAACUUGUUAACCUUUCCAGAUGGUUUAAUCAGGUUCAGUGUUACCCAGGAGUACGACAAUAUUUGCCUGAAGUGCCAUUUUUACGUAACCUGCUCUACAGCUGAUGUUGCGUGAUGUCUGUGGUAUUAAGCUGAGAUGUUUUAAAUAAUAAAUUAUGUGAAUUUGUAAUUGAACCGUUUAUAGUAAUAUACAUGUGUACUCAUUAGCUCAUGGCCUGCAGCAUACCUGUAACACACAGACUGAAUAGAAAAUUACUAUCUUUCAAACUGAAUGUGAGUUACACUACAUAUGUAGGGCAAAAUAACAGAGCAAGACAAGGGAGCAUUACAGGCUCUUCUAAGAACCUACAGUGCAUGCAUUUUCCUCGUGUCCGUGAGUUAUCAGUAUUAGCUCGUGAUUGAGGUAGUUUUGCUGUCUUUACAUGAAUGUCUUUAAUUAGGAAAAGUGGGCGAAGAGAGGGGUGGAGGGAGCUGUGGAAACACUCGCCUGUCGGGUUGUGUUCCCCCAGCAUUUCUUGUUCUCCAAACUUCCACUUGUGUUUCUAUGACUCAAGAGAAACACGGUCAAUGUUUUCUAUUUCUUAAAUAAUAGUGAUUUAUAACCAUUUCCUGAGUGUUUGAGUAUGUUAGGGGAAGAAGGGAAGAUGUGUGAAUUUAUACUUCACAAAAUUCACAAAAUGUUCAUUUGUCAACCGAUGUCAGGUUAUUAAAUUACCAGUUCAGAAUGCCACACUAGCUACAUUUAAUUUAAGACAAAUGACAUGUGUUAAUCAUGCUACAAUAUUAUUCUUACCAUGUCUGUACUUGCAUAUUCAACUUCAAUAUCAUUUUGAUGAAGGACCCACUCAAUCAAAUUAUACUGCAUAUUAAAAUGAAUUAUAUAAAGAUUUUCCACUUGCCAAAUGGCAAUGUUGAGCUUACAAUGAACUUUUGUACAUCUGUAUUUUACAUCAUGUACACCACCUUUAAAAAAAUACUCCUAUUUGUUGCUUGUUUUAAUUCCUUUGUGGAACACCCUUUCUAGACUGUGGUAAAUAUUUACAUGAAAAUAAUAUCUCACUCUUAUGCUUACAGCAUAAUAAAAUACCUCUUAAACUUAA